AGCAAACACACAAGUUUACGCAGAAAAUAUCUCUAUUUAUUAUGGCAGAUGCCACUACGAAUAUUUUAAUUUUGUAGAUUUUCGGUAUAAACAAUUUAUGGUUUGUAAAAUUGGAUUUUUAAAGAAACAUUGAUAAUUUUCAAACACAUCAUUCAAGUUUUCCACCUUAAACGGUAAAAUAAUUAUAGAAAAUUAGAAAUAUCACGUAAUAGUUUUUUGUUCUUAAUUAGGUGUAAUUCGAAUAAAUUCCCUAGAGUUGAAUCUGUAACGUACCGGCAAACGGUAUUUAGCUAGUUUUUCGAAAAGGUCAAUUAACCAAUCAUGUACGGUUUACAGAUCACAUGCUCCUCCAUGUACCGAAAACAGGUCACGUGCUCCUCCAUGCCUCAAAAGUUAAACGCGUACCAAUACCCUGCGGUCUCCAGACCGCAGGGAAUGAUUACACGAGACCUAUGGAUCUGGAGUUAAAGGCAGAAAUUCGGAAGUUGAAAAAAGAAUAUGCGUCAGUGUUCGAUAGUGGUUACUCGGAAGAUCAGGCUAAAAAACUGGUUGAAAAGCCGUAUAAUGCUAACGACUUGUUCAACAUGUCAGAUGUUUUUAUACGGCGCUUAAUAAAAUUUGCCAACCAAAUUCCCGAGUUCAAGAACUUCAAGCUUGAAGAUCAGAUUCAUUUAUUACAGGUUAUUGAUUUUAAUUGUCUUUUUCAGGGAGGUAUUAUGGAAAUCAUGGUGUUAGGGUCUGCGAUUGGGUUUGACCCGAAAAAUCACAUGUGGAAGGUUAAACAAAUGCAGGAUACAAAAGAGCGUUAUAUCGAUCCAUCAAUUAUAAAGGAACAGCUAUGUACGGGUAUGUAUACAGAACACAUGAAAUUCGUGAAAACUCUUCACCAACUCACGAUGAGCAACAACACUAUAAUGACACUGAUGUUCGUGAUCGAGAUAUUCUCACCGGAUCGACCGAACGUGAAAAACUUAGAGGCCAUUACACAGGCUCGGGGUAAAUUUACUCAUUGGCUACAGAUGUAUUUAGAAUCCAUUAUGCCUCUUUGCGAAGCACGCACUUUGUACCAGAAGCUCUUGAUGAUGCUUUUGGAUGUGAGGAACCUUGGCGAGUCUGGUGCCAAGCUUGCUUCUCAUUUAGACAUUACAAAACUAGAACCGUUACUCAUUGAGGUGUUUGAUCUGCAGAAAUGACGCUAGAUACAUUUCACUACAGAAAAUUUGAAAACACAAUGGAGUCACAUGGGUUUGAAACUGUGACAGUAUCGAUUGAUCUCUUAUCAGACAUUUGAAAUUUUCCAGAGUUUGGACUUUUACCAAGGUGUUUUCGUAAUUAUGGAUAUUGUUAUUUUAUUAGUUCCCUUUUUUUCAUAUGAAAAAUGGUGGAGCAAUUGUCAUGACCCACUUGUUGGCAUUAGUUAACUUUUUCGA